AUGAGGAAUGGCAUCAAUGACGAACACUUGAGACCACGCAAAAGCGAUAAAAUCGAAUCAAAAUCACAUUUAAUGUCAAUUAAAUUAAAAUUAUCAUCUUAUUCAAUCAUUUUCUAUUACAGUAGGUUUAUAGGUUACAGGUGUGUUGAACUUCACUUCGUUGCACUUCGUUACGUUCAACUGUUUAUAGAUUACAGUAGGUUUAUAGGUUACACGUGUGUUGAACUUCACUUCGUUGCACUUCGUUACGUUCAACUGUUUAUAGAUUACAGUAGGUUCAUAGGUUACAGGUGUGUUGAACUUCACUUCGUUGCACUUCGUUACGUUCAACUGUUUAUAGAUCACAGGAGGUUUAUAGGUUACAGGUGUGUUGAACUUCACUUCGUUGCACUUCGUUACGUUCAACUGUUUAUAGAUUACAGUAGGUUUAUAGGUUACAGGUGUGUUGAACUCCACUUCGUUGCACUUCGUUACUUUCAACUGUUUAUAGAUCACAGGAGGUUUAUAGGUUACAGGUGUGUUGAACUUCACUUCGUUGCACUUCGUUACGUUCAACUGUUUAUAGAUUACAGUAGGUUUAUAGGUUACAGGUGUGUUGAACUUCACUUCGUUGCACUUCGUUACGUUCAACUGUUUAUAGAUUACAGUAGGUUCAUAGGUUACAGGUGUGUUGAACUCCAUUUCGUUGCGCUUCGUUACGUUCAACUGUUUAUAGAUUACAGUAGGUUUAUAGGUUACAGGUGUGUUGAACUUCACUUCGUUGCACUUCGUUACGUUCAACUGUUUAUAGAUUACAGUAGGUUCAUAGGUUACAGGUGUGUUGAACUCCACUUCGUUGCACUUCGUUACGUUCAACUGUUUAUAGAUUACAGUAGGUUUAUAGGUUACAGUUUGAUGUAUUUUGGUUUGUCACAAUUUAAGAGCUGUUCUGACUUGUGCUAA